UCAAUGCCAUAUCUUUGUAACAAAAAUUUCUGGCUAUAGCACGAGGGUGUCGAAUGAAUUGGGAUCUGGGAAUCCUCAGAAGGCUCUAGUGGCAGUUAGAGUUGCAAUGUCUCUUGCAGUUGCAGAGACAGUAGUGGUGAGCACAGUAACAUUCUUGUGCCGCGGAGUUCUGGGUAAAGCCUAUAGCAAUGAUCAGCAAGUGGUGGAUUAUGUUGCUGCAAUUACCCCUUUCCUCUGUCUAUCAAUCGUCACAGAUAGCUUACAAGCAGUCAUCUCUGGAAUAGCAAGGGGAAGUGGAUGGCAGAUUAUUGGGGCAUAUGUGAAUCUUGGAGCAUUCUAUUUGGUUGGAAUCCCAGUUGCUGCCAUAUUGUGUUUUCUUAUACAUUUGAGAGCAAAAGGCCUUUGGAUUGGACUUUUGGUUGGUUCUGCAAUACAAGCAGCUACUCUUUCCUUCAUACUAGGUUUCAUUGAUUGGCAAAAGCAGGCGAUAAAGGCUAAGAAGAGGAUAUCAGAAAGGAUAUCAUCAGAAGAGAAUGAAUAGAGGAGGCUAAUUCAAAAGAAGACAGAGAAAUAUAGAGGGUCACAUUGGCCUAAAAUUAAUGCUCACUUGGUUGACAACACGUUGAGGUUCUAUUUAUUGCUAUUGGCUACAAAAUCAAAUCUGAUUAGCUGCAAAUCCUAUACUUUAUAUACUAGUCAUUGGGUUGUACCCUUGUCUAUUAUUAUAUGAAAUAUACAUACACAAUAUAUUUCUCUUUAUUUUUGUCAUUUUAGAAUUUAUGAGAUGAGUUAAUACUUUUGACUUGCUUAUUU